AUGAUAUCUAACCUAUUAGGUAUUGGUAUUGUCGUCGGAAGCAGUCUCAUAAAGAUACCACAGUUAUACACAAUCUACACCAAAUCCAGUCGAGGAUUAAGUUUGAGUGCAUUCGCUUUAGAGACCAUAGCAUACUUUGUCAACUAUGUUUAUGGCUAUGUACACGCUUAUCCUUUCACAACUUACGGUGAAAACUUAACAUUGACAUUCCAAAACAUCAUAAUAGUAGGAUUCAUUUUAAAAAGUAAAUUCAAGACAAUUUUAUUUGCGAUUUUCACUCUAUCUUUCAUAUUCACCCCUAAAGAAUUCGUUGAUAUCACAUUCACCUUAUCGAUUCCACUCAGUCUAGCCUCAAAAUUACCUCAGAUUUUUAGUAAUUAUAGAAAUAAGUCAACAGGAUCACUCAGUCCUAUUACAACCUUCGCACAAUUCGCUGGUUGUUGCGUUAGAGUUUUGACUAGCAUAAAGAAUGCGAAUGGUGACAUCCCUAUGACAGUAUCUUUCGCAGGUGCGGCCGCCCUCAAUGGAGUACUCAUCCUUCAAAUUGUAACCUACUCACGCAAGCAACAUUCUUUCAGUUUACCGUCACAUCAUCGCGCCGUCAGUAAAGAAAAAAGGCUCGAUUGA